AUGUGUGAUAAUGUGGAAGAAAAUAAUUCCAUCGACCAAGAAUGCACAUGGGAAUUCUGGGCCCCAAUACUCCAAGACUUAAUCAUCCCCAAGACUUUAAUCCCCAAGACUUUAAUCCCCAAGACUUUUAUCCCCCAAUUCUUCAAACCCCAAGAAGUUAUUGCUCAAGAUUUCGAGACUUGA